GAUAUUGCUGACUCCAAGGGUUGCUUUGUUAGGUUGAAGUGGUGGUCAAAUUCACGCAAAAAUGUCAAAUUUUGAUAUUCGGACCCUCGGCAAGUCAGGUAGGCAGUUCACCAACUGGGCAACUACAUACUCAUGUCAGCCAGAACUGUAUUUUGAACCUGAGAAUAAUGAAGAAAUAAAGAAUAUUGUUGAUUAUGCACGAGAGAAGGGGAAAAAGGUGAAAGUGGUUGGUUUUGGACAUUCCCCUUCAGACAUCGCUUGUACUACAGACUUUAUGAUCAGCCUGAAGCGCUACAAUAAAGUUUUGAAGGUUGAUGAAGAGAAGUCUCAGGUGAGCGUGCAAGCUGGAUGCUUGAUAAAAGACCUCAACCACAACGUCCUUCCAGCGCACAACUUGGCAUUCUCUGUCCAAGGGACUGUGGACGAUCUCUCAGCUGCUGGUGUCAUUAGCACUGGAACUCACGGGACUGGCACCAACUUUGGCAUUGUGUCUUCCUAUGUCGUGGAUCUCACUCUAAUGAAAGCCUCUGGGGAGAUAAUCACCAUCAGCAAAGAAGAAAACUCUGAGUUGUUCAACGCUGCUGUUCUGGGUCUUGGCUCGCUUGGAGUGAUUCUCUCUGUCACGUUCCAGUGCGAGAAAGCUUACAGACUUCACCAGAGGCAGUUCCCCAGCUCCCUGAAAAAUGUCAUUGACAACUUUGACAAGCAUGUGGCAGAGGCUGACCAUUUCCGCUUCAUGUGGUAUCCUCACACUGAGUCUGUCGUCUGUUACAGUGCCAGCAGGACCAAAAAGGAGCCAGCCGUGAAGUCCAGCUGGUUUUGGGAUAUGUUCGUUGGCUACCAUCUCUUACAACUUUUGCUGUGGAUAAGCACGUUUGUGCCUUGUCUGGUGAAGAGCAUCAACCGUCUGUACUUUCGCCUCAUGUGUCAGCAGCCCAUCGAGAAGGUGGCCCGCAGCGACCGGGUCUUUAACUUCAACUGCCUGUUCAAGCAGUAUGUCACAGAGUGGGCCAUACCCAAAGAGAACACGGGCGUGGUGCUGUACAAGCUGAAAGACUGGAUUGAGCAGAACGGUUUCUACGCACACUUCCCCGUGGAGGUUCGCUUUGUGCGUGCUGAUGACAUCUACCUGAGCCCAUGUUAUCAACAAGACUCCUGCUAUAUCAACAUUAUCAUGUACAGGCCCUUCAACAAGCUGGUGGACCACGAGUCGUACUGGACGGCGUACGAAAGCAUCAUGGCUGAGCAUGGAGGAAGACCACACUGGGCCAAGGCACACAAGUACACAGGAUUGCAGUUCCAGAAAAUUUACCCCAAGUGGAAAGAGUUUUGUGCCAUCCGGGAAAAGCUGGACCCUAACGGAAUGUUCCUCAACGCCAACUUGGAGCGCGUGUUUGAUGCCAGACCUUCUCCUUCCACCUACGUCUGAGGCCAGACGUUUGUGGGCACUGAGGACCUGUGGUGGGGUGUUGCCCUAUAAAUCAUCAACUUUUUACGGACCACUGAUUGGGACCUGAAAAUAUUAUGUUUCGACUGUGUCAUGUUCUAACCAUGUGACUGGAAGAAGUACAUCUAAAAUAUGUAGAUUGUAAUGUGCAAUGAGCUCGCUGUUGAGUGGGGAUAUAUGCGCUGUACAAAUGCUAUUUAUUGAUAUUAUUAUUACUAUUUAUUUAUUUCUAAGACCAUUGCCGAGGUUGAUCUGCAUAUCCUCUUUGAAAACAAUUUAUUAGGAGCCAGCAUGCACUGUGAAAUUUAAAUAUAUAAAAAUACUGUGGGUGGACAUUUGGGACUACUCUUUACUCUCAUCAAUUAAAUGAAAAUCUUUUUUUGCUUUUAGCAAAAUUGUCAAGAAACCAGAUAUAUAGUUAGAGCAUGACUCCAUCAAUUUGUGAUUUGUUGGGUUCUAAUGGGGCUAUAAUCUUCAGCUGCAAUGUGCUCGACAUUUGAUAUAUAGUUGACAUAUCCUGUCUUUUUGACAACAAAAGAUGCUAUGCUGCAGGAAUUGUGAAUUUUCAUGUAUGUCUGCUAUUGGAGAGUGUCGAAGACUAAAAUAUUACUUUGGUUUUAUCAUUUUUAUCUCGGAGUUUGACAAAUUUGCCAAAUUUAAUUUAUGUCUUGAAUUGAAUUUUAUAUAAAAUGUGUUUUUCUUUCUUUUGAAAAGGAUACUCAUAUUGGAGUAAAUAUACAUGUAGAGCACUUUGCUUAUAAAGAAACUGACAUCAGUGACGAGUAAUUCUUUUUUAUACAGCUUGCAAUAUCUGUCGGUCUUGGGUUAUUGAUCUUCACGACUUAAUCAUCACAAUGUUGUUGGGGGUUUUUUUUUAAGUAGCAACAUGACCCCUCUUGGGAAUUGAACUAUGACGUUUAUGUAAUGAUGCUCUUGUUUCACUGUGUUCGCGCUGUGAGCAGCCAUGAUUGAUUGCUUCUGGUGAAUGAUUGUACUCCUGCUGUGAGGAAAGUAAGUUGAUAUUGUCCUUGAUGUCAUUUUGACGUGGCUCCAAAAAACUGUGUAACAAUUGAAAAUACUUGCCCCAACUUCUCUCGAAAGAGACAUUGCUUUUAUGAUGAAAAUUUCUUUCAAAAGUGUUGAAACUCAUAAAGAGGUUGUUCAGGAAUAUAUUUUUGUCUGCAGCUUAUGAUAUAUUCCUCGCCUGAAAUCUUCAUCCCUUUUAAAAUGUUUACACUUAUAGACAUUAUAUUGUGGGUACGUUCUUGUCAGAGACAAUGAACUGAAUCAAUUAUAAUUUUUAAAGUUCUGUUCUGGUUCCCCAAUGAUCAAUUUUUAAAGAAGAUGAUAAUUAUGUUAAUAAUUAUGGAUUGCAUUUGCUUCAUACGUUUUCAUAUUUGGAAAGUGUUCAGUGAUAAAAUGCUCCUAUUCCUCGUCUGGGAUGGGAAGGGGGCCAGUGUGCUGUGUGUGUGUGUGAAUCUCUGGUCUUUCCUGGUGUGUUGACUGUCUUUUUAUUCUUAUGUUUUUACUAGUCUGGUUGUGGCGUUGAUGAUCUAGUGGUUACGUUGUUGGACUCGCAACCAAAAGGUUGUGAGUUGUGGGUUUGAACCCUAUCAAGGGUCUGAUGUCCUGUCCAUGAGAAACGCACAUCACACAAGUUUUCCUCACUUCACCCAAGUGGGAAUGGGUAUCCUGGUUACAGACAGCGAAAGAUCCUGUCAGUUUGUCAGUGUUUGAGCUUUUAAUUGGCUGCUUGCUCUGUGUGCUUCUUGAGAAGCUGAGAAUGUUUCUGAGUGUUCUAAGGUCUGCUAGGGUAAGGGUAAUAAACAAAUUGUAAAGUGCAUAGGGUUUGCUGUUGAGCAUGGAUGUGCACUGAGCUAAUGCAUUUGAUUUAUUAGCCUACUAUUUAUUAUUGCUUUUCACCAUGACCAGAUGGUUUUUUUGUGUCUAUUGCUUAUCACAUUAUGAAGAUACUUUGUCCCUUGAGAACUGACAACAUGAAGAUCUGAGAUCUCACUCCAAAUGCUUGUUUAAAAGUACCCCAGACCGGUGAAUAUUUACUGAAUGUUAUAUAAGCUAUUUGUCUGUGUGUGGACAUGAUUUAUUCCAGGCAUCUUCAGGGUAUGUUAGAAUAAUGAUCGUCUUGGCAAAGAGAGGAAUUCUGUUGAAUUGUGCCUCAAUGGUAGCUUUUACCCUUCCCUUUUGAGCAAACAGAGGAGUACAAACAUAGUAAAGUUGACUUUGGCAUUUUGUCAAAAUGGAUUUAUAUCUGGUAUUUUAUGUGAGUAUGAUGAGAAUAUUUUUCUUCAUCUGUAAUGAAUCAAAUUGAUAGCCUGUUAAAAAUGCUUGUAAGCCAUGAAGUCUUUUUUUCUGCAGGCAAGCAAAAUUCGAAACUUUACGUCCAUUCCUUGGAAAGAGAACAUAGCCUACAAAUUGAAUGAAUUCUUCAUGAUAAGUGAUUGAAUGUAAACAAGAAAACAACUGACUGAGGGGUAAUUACAGUAUCAUGUACAGUUAGUGGAAGGAUCCCUUUUUUCCAAUGUGAAUUUUUUGUUCUUGGACCAAAUGUUUAAAACAUGCUGCUUUUCACUGUUUUUAUUGUUGAAAAGGUUAGGGGGUUCUAGUGAAGAUGAACUCCUGAGACUACAAAGAAUCAAUAUUUAUAAUGUCAUCAGUGUGUAUUUUUUCUCCAUGUUCUUUUGUUUCCGCUACUCAACCUCUUCACCAUAAAAAUUAACUAUAUUUAUAGCGGUUUCAUCCCUACCCUUUAUCAUCUUUACCGUUUAAAUGAACUUUGUUUUGGGUGCUAUUUCCUAUAGGCCAAGGCCUAUAUAAAGAGAACAUUGCCUGCCACAAAAUGGGCUAAGAGGUCCCAUGUUUUCCGGCCACUGUUCCAUUUCCCUUAUUCCCCUUAUUUCUGCAAAAUAAUCAAGAACAUAUUGUAUGAGCUGCCAAUGUUCAGGACAUAUAUUAUAGUGUAUAAUAAUGGCUAUGGUAAUGUAUUUAUUAGGCGAUGUCAGUCACUGUCUAACCUUAAGAACAAAGAACAUUCUGGUGACUCGUGUCGUUGACAGAAAACAAAAGCACGAGUUAAGUAAAUUUCCAGAGCAAAGUUUUAACCCUCUCCCCAUUCUUCCGCAUGUUGAAACUUUGACACAGCAUUACAGUCGCUUACUAGCGGGGUUCCCUUCAUUUAGCCUUCUGCGUGGUAUGAACUGGAGCCUUGACUUGACAAUCAUUUGAAAUCUUUCAACUCCUACGUUUGAUCAUAUUUGAUAACAACUAUUUGAAAAAUUCAGCAUUAAAUUUGUCUGAAAGCUUUAAUUCAUAUUACAGCAAUACAUUUUUUAGAAUGUUCCGGUUUUUUAUUUGCAUUUGGUCUGAAGACCUUUGUUUAUGGAUUUGUGUUCUGUUUACAGGUAGGAUACCAAAAGCAUAUAUUUGUACAUAAAUUACUGACAAGUUCUAUUAAAUUAAAAUCAUAAAGACGCUUUAAAGAUUUGCUUUCCUCUAUGACAUUUCUUGUACUUCUCAGAUUAAUUUUGUCAAUGAAAAUCUAUGGUCAUAUUGGUAUUGGUUAUUCAUAUAAUGUAUAGGCUGUGUACAUUAAAUUUGCAUACAUGUAAAUGAUGUAGUAGGCUCUGUUUGAUUCAAACUCAGUGGGGUAUUUGUUGAGGUUUUUUUAAACCCUUUGUUAGAUUUGCAUUUUGCCUUCGAAGUAUUUAAAUCUCAAGUUAAAUAGUACCAUACAUUUGGUUUUUGAAAUAAGAACAUUGUCUUACACUUUGGAAAUUCCGUACCUGUCUCUACCGAAACUUCUCAAUGAUUUAGUGUACCCUUUAGCUCACUCACUCAUUUAGUGGGUGGUUGGAGGGUGGUCUGGUGUGGUUUGCUCCUUCUCUCCUAUUAAACAUCUAUCGUCCUUUUAUGUCUUCUCCUUUUUUAUGUUUGUUACUCCCUUGUAAGACCUCUAAUCUUCUGACGCUCAUAUGACCUUAUGCAGUUGCGAACGCCGUAAAACCUCUACUAAAACUUAGACAUCCCUCAUUUACUCACUGUUUUGUUAGUUAAAUGACAAGGUGUUUGUGAAGGUCUGCUCAGCUUCUUUCUGCAUGUAACAAUGACCUACAAGGACUCCAAAUUAAAGACAAUGUGGCAGGUCAGAAGGGAAAUAGGUACAAGUUAUUGUGAAAUAACAUUUAUAUAUAUAUAAUAUAUAAUGAAAGUGUUAAAUCCUUCUCCAUGAAAACGUAUCUUAUUUUUUUUAUAAGUGUGUCUAGCUGCCUGAUAGGAGACGAUGAGAUGAUAAAAAGUAAGGAUAACUAGGUCCAUUUCUCUUUUUGAAGGAAUGUUUUAAUAUAUCUUUUACCAAGACUUGAGAAAUCGUCUGUUUCCAUUAAACACAGAUGAGAGGUCUGUUGGGGCAGCUGAACAUUCACUGGUAUGCCUACAUGCAAACUGUCAUUCUUCCCACUCUACUGUAAGCUCACUCUGCUGCACUGACACGGACAGGGAUACAGCAGUGUCCUUUUGUUUGCAUUUCAGUGGUGUUGGGCAUAAAUGGGCCUGCUCCAAAGUUUCUAAAACCUGAUUUUGAAAAAAAUUAUGUAGUAAAACAGGGUCAAAGAUGUUUUCUCAAUAAAUGAGGUCAAAAUUGAACAAACACAAAAUUGCAUGAAACAUUGACAUACUAUUUGAGUCAAAGUGGUCUCUGUUAGUUUAGUUUAACAGUUUUUAGCCUUUCCUGUAAAAAAGGCUUCGUGGGAGAUUGCUAAUCAGUGCUUGAAACCACUGAUAUGACUAGGCUGUUCCAGAAGACCAUUUGUAAAGACUGUGAGACCUAUGAUAUUGAUAGACUUGCUUUUUCCUGCUUCUACAUUUUAUUGUAACUUGUGUUGCUCUGGAGAUUUUUUAAAAGUGCUUUCAACCCAGAGCUGUGUUGAUUGACAUGAGUGUUAUAGAUCUAUAUAUACAAAAUGUUUUAAGUGUCUGUGAAUUUUAUAUUUUAUCAAUGAAAUAACUUGCAUAAAUUUGUAAUUGUAUGCAAUUAGUGGGUUCCCAUCCUGUGUUACCUUUUACCAGUAUGAUCGUUUUCAGUUAUUAUGAACUCUACUCCGUGUCAGCUGAUGAAUUUGUCAGAUUUUACCCUCCUACUUGAACAGUACCUACAGUACCUGGAUCUUGCAAGCACAUUCCUGUAAUGUAAUGAUGAUAUGGGAUUUUUUUUCUUCUUUCUUUUUUUCUCGGCCAUGGUCCCAGGUCAGAUGCGCUUAUUGCAGUAACUUUUGUAAACUAAGUAAUUAGGCCUACCAUCUUUUGUUUGUUGUUAGGCAGGUUGGCAGAAAUGCUUGUCAUGUGUUGGUUGUAAGCUCAACAUGUUGGAGACUGUUUUAUGUUGACUUUGACUGGAAAAAAGUAGACAAAACAGGAUGCUUUGUUUUUUCAUUCUUUUUACCUCGUAAUUUUUAGGAGUAGGCCUACAGUUUCACUUUUCAUGCACAUUAUAUUCUAUCCACUGUUGUAGCUUACUUGAGAACCCUCGCCAGUUUUUCAUUGAUCACAGCCACUCCAGUAUAUUUUACUGCUCUGCACUUCAGUUUCUACUGUACUGUUCUUUCACUUUCCUUUCAUUUUAGUUAUAUUUUCAUCAGUUUAAUUAACACUGUGUGAGUGGUUGGCGGAUGCCCUUUUAUGGUUGUUUCUCUUUUCUUAUCAAACAUAUCUAUCGUUCUUCUCCCUUCUCUAUCUUUUCUUUGUAUGUUACUCUCUUGCAACACCUCUGAUCUUCAGUACUUAAAGACUUAUAUGACCUAUUUGAGUUGCAAGUGGCAUAAAAUGCAAGUAAAUUAAAACACUUUGUAUCUUGUUGCAUGUUCCUAGAGCAGGUAAUGUUAAGUGGAUGAUGUGAGCCAUAGAUAGGAAGCAGAGUGUGAUAAGAGAUUUUCUAUGAAUGAGGAUUUAUUUUAAUCAAAUGUUUUGACUUUGGUGUGAAAUUUUAUGCCACAUAUGAAGUUCUUUAAAGUCCUCUUACACACUGAACUUGUGUGUAUAUUUUUGGCAUUUGCACAGGACCCUGUUCCCAUUAACUCCUUACCUCUGGCACCUUCUCCCAGCGGGUUGUGGUCGGAACCGCUGUGCUGAUGAUCCGCCGUAAGUGGCUCAGCCAAAUUGCUUUACAAUGUCGACGACAUUGUCAUUGUGUGAAUUUUUAGAAAUUUCAGAAAAUGGGCCUCUCUCUUAUCAGGGGUUCUUUCAUUAGAUUAAGAACUAUCAAAAAAGGUUUGUUUUGAUUUUGAUGUAAUGACCAAUUUUUUUAGUGAUGUGUAUGUUACUAUUAGGUUUUCUACUAAAAGAGAGCUCCGGCAUAAUGGGAAAACCCCCUUCAGAGAUAAAGAGUUUCCUUGGAUAAUCAUGAUAAUCUUUGUUUACACUCGAAAUACAGAAGGAGAGUCCAUGGAAGUUAACAAAAGUAAGCUUUGCCCAAAUUGUGAAAUUUGAAAAUAUUGCAGGCCUUUAUAGAGUAGGAGCAGUUCAUUCAUUAUUAAUGCAGGGAACUGGAGUCUUGUCUAUGCUUGUAAGAUCACAUUUUUAUGUAUUAUUUCUCUUUAUUAAAAGGUUGUGAAUAGCUUUUUAGAAUCUUAUUUCAUGUAAUAAUAUUUGGGGCUUCACACCUUUUCCAAAUAUCUUUAGCUCUCACCUGACCUGUUACUGUAAGGAUGGUAUCAUAUCGUGUAAUUUAUACAUUUUACUCGUGUGUCUCAGGUUGAGAAAAUUUUGUGAAAAUUAAUGAGCUCCCAUAAAAAGAAGUGUUUUACAGUAUUAAAUUACAUUCACAAGGUUAUCUGUUGACUUUUGACCUGAUGACAGUCAGGGGGAUCUAGUCCUUGUUGAUUUGUGGGGGGGGUUUGUUUUUGUUUUUUCUUUUGGAGGGGGGGUGUGAAGUUGAAGGGAGAGAGGGGGUGAUAAUGCCUGUUGUGGUUUGCAAAUAAAGCAAUAUAUGUAUAUCUGAGCCAUCAA